GUCUCUUCGACGUAACUGUGAUUUCUAGCUGGUUUAAAAACUGGCUAGCUCAUUUUUACCGAAAUCUAAUAUUUACUGUGAAUACGGGACCAGGUAAGAGUUUUUGUUACAGUUUCUUUUAAAAAGUGAUCUUGUGUGUUUUAUUGCAGUAGGAUCCCAGUGGUUUCCGGUGAUAUCAGAAACAUCCCCGUUAAGAUUAAGGUCUUACAGCAGGCGCUAUGUUGGUCCCCAUAUUCACGCUGAAGCUCAACCACAAGAUUAACCCUCGCAUGGUGACUGUGGGGAAGUUUGAUGGAGUCCACCCAUGCCUAACUGCAGCCACACAGGCAGGAAAGGUUUUUAUCCACAACCCUCAUGCUCGUGGUCAGAGACCAGUGGCCCAUCGACUGAGUCAGAGCGCUCAGGAUUCAGACAUCUCUCUGCUCAACAUUAACCAGGCAGUCACUUGUCUAACAGCAGGGACACUGGGACCAAACACCACUGGAGACACACUGUUGGUGGGAUCCCAGACCAACCUGCUGGCUUAUAAUGUCCAUGACAACGCUGAUAUAUUCUACAGAGAGGUUUCUGAUGGGGCCAAUGCUAUUGUGCUGGGGAAACUGGGGGACAUCCCGAAUCCUCUUGCCAUCAUUGGAGGAAACUGUGCCUUACAAGGCUUUGACUACCUUGGCAAUGACCAUUUCUGGACAGUGACUGGCGAUAAUGUCAGAUCUCUGGUGCUCUGCGACUUCACUGGGGAUGGGAAAAAUGAGCUCCUGGUAGGAUCGGAGGACUUUGACAUCCGAGUAUUCAAGGAGGAUGAGCUUGUGUCUGAGAUGACAGAAAAUGAGACAGUUACAUCACUGUGCCACAUGCAUGGCAGCAGGUUUGGCUAUGCUCUGGCUAAUGGAACCGUGGGAGUCUAUGACCGCACCGCUCGUUACUGGAGGAUUAAGUCUAAGAAUCAUGCAAUGAGCAUCCACGCCUUUGACCUGAACGCAGAUGGCGUAGUGGAGCUCAUUACUGGCUGGUCCAAUGGAAAGAUUGAUGCACGCAGUGACCGCACAGGCGAGGUUAUUUUCAAAGACAACUUCUCCUCGUCUGUAGCCGGAGUGGUGGAGGGGGACUACAGACUGGAUGGAGAGAAACAACUUAUCUGCACUUCUAUAGACGGAGAGGUCCGGGGUUACCUGCCAGCCAGUAAGGACCUAAAGGGGAAUCUUAUGGACAGCAGUUCUGAACAGGACCUCAUUAGAGAGCUCAGCCAACGCAGACAAAACCUCUUACUGGAGCUACGCAACUAUGAUGAGAACGCCAAGGGUGUGUCCGAGACUAACAGUGUCAUACCAGCCAACACUCAGCUCCAGACGGCGCUGUCAGUGAAACCUGCUACAGAAGCCCAGAAGGCUCAUGUAGAGCUCAGCAUUUCAACACCAAAUGAAACCAUCAUCCGUGCAGUGCUCAUCUUUGCAGAGGGGAUCUUUGAGGGGGAGAGUCAUGUGGUCCACCCCAGCGCCCAAAAUCUGUCAGGCUGUAUCCAAGUCCCCAUCGUCCCCCCCAAAGAUAUCCCAGUAGAUCUGCACGUCAAAGCCUUUGUUGGAGGGAAAACGAGCACCCAAUUCCAUGUGUUUGAAAUCACACGGCAGCUGCCUCGAUUCUCCAUGUAUGACAUCUCAGUUGACUCCUCGGAUGCUCCGCCCACUGGAAGGGUCACCUUCAGCAUCAACGACCGACCACAGCGGGUGGUGAUGUGGCUGAACCAGAACUUCUUGCUUCCUGAGGGAGUAGACAGUCCCAACGUCAGUUUUAAUUCACUAAGAGGAGGUGGACUUCUGUCCAUCAGCAUCAGCAACGGACAGAUCACUCUGAGAACAGACGACAUUGACCUGGCAGGAGACCUGGUCCAGUCCCUGGCGUCCUUCCUGGGCAUAGAGGACUUAUCAGCAGAAGCAGACUUCCCAGGAUACUUUGAGGAGCUACGCACUAUACUCACUGAGGUGGAUGAGUUUCACUCGGUUCAUCAGAAGUUAACCGCAGCCAUGGCCGACCACUCCAACUACAUCAGGAACAUGCUCGUGCAAGCAGAAGACGCUCGCCUUUUGAGUGACAUGACAACUAUGAAGAAGCGUUACAGAGAGCUGUACGAUCUAAACAGGGAUCUGAUCAACGAGUACAAAAUCCGUUCUAACAACCAUAAUGCAUUACUGGCCUGCCUCAAGUCUGUAAACCAGGCCAUUCAGCGGGCAGGACGACUCAGAGUGGGUAAGCCCAAGAACCAAGUGAUCUCCGCCUGUCGAGACGCCAUCAAGAGCAAUAAUGUCAACUCACUCUUCAGGAUCAUGAGAGCGGGCACAGCAUCCUCCUGAGGAUGGAAGACGUUUUGGGAAUACAGGAAUGGACACAAAGAGAAAAGGGAUGGACAUAAACAUGACCAAUCCGCUCUGUAAUGUUGGACAAACUCUUCACAAGCGUGGCGCCUGCACAGCCUUUUCAGCACAAUGAAGACCAAAACCACACAUGGAGCAGAAGUCCCUAAGAAUGUGGAGCAGUAGUAACAUUUAACCAUCUUAUGUCAUGAUUUAGGCAUAAACAGCAGCCAGGUUUUUGUCUCUAUAAAGAGACAUCUGCAUGAAAGUGAAGCUCACAAUCUGUUCUAGAUCAAACAUUUCAUCUUGACGCUGUCAUGAAAACCAUCUAUGUUUAGAUUCCCUGACUACCUGAACUGCAUCAGAAAUGAUCGAUCUGACAUCCUUUCAACAAACAAGCAUUCUAAAAGUUGUUUCUUCUCCCCUUGAGGAUAGUCUUAAAGGCCACGUAUUAUGCAAAAUGCACUUCACCAUGUUCCUCUAAUACUAACAUGUGUCCCUAGUCUGUCUACAAACCACUCAAGAAUGAGAAAAGUCCAU